GAGAGUCGGGCCGGCCCCCGCAUCAAGAUGAAGUGGACGGCGGUCGAGUAUGCCAAUGGCGUCGUCGUCAAGGGCGGCCACAGACUCGUGGGGUGGCCGAACCGAGCGAACGAGGAGCCCCACGAUCCGAACGGCCCGCCGCUCGACCCGCUCGACACGAUCCCAUUCGGGAACCUGAGCGACAUCCCGGGCGGCCAGGCGGUGAUCCAGCGGCUUCUCGACUUGUGGACGAGCGGCAAGAUGUACUUCGAGCGUGCCGAUGAGGCGUUCAUCGACCUCGCGAAGCGCAACCCGAAGGCGGUCAUGCCCGGGAAGCCUCCCGUACGUCCGGCGCCGAAGUGUUGGGGCCGGCAGAGCAGGGACGACAUCGGGAAGGCACGAGGGCGGCCAGCGUCAGGAAUUAACCCGAAGACGGGGCGGCCAUACCGGAGGCGCAAGGACGGGCCCAAGACGCCGAAGAUGAUUCUGGACUCGGACAUCGACUCGGAGGACGAGGUGGAGAGCGACAUCGGCAGCGAGUAG